UGAGUUUGGGCUAAAAUAUUUGGAAACAUUGGAACACACGUGCUCAGUCGUUGCGGGUAAACAUGAAAAUCGCUGAACAUUAAAAUAUAAAGCAAUACAAAUUGAAAAUAUAUAAAAUGACGCAUCUGCGCGCAGAGGACAGCACGGUAGAAGAGGAGAAAGCACCACGCGGAAUAAUAAAGGAGAGCAGUCAGAUAUUCCGUCGGAAUCGCGCGCUCGGCUAUGUGACCAACCAGGUGCCGGCAGUGACGCGCUAUGUGCAACGUCGGCGGGACACACUGCUGAUAACCUGCAUUGGGCGCUCCUUUCAGGUGUACACAGCCAGCCAUUUGCGUCUACUGCAUGUCAGCGGUCUGCAUCCAGAUGAGAUUACGGCAUUGGCCAUGGACAGACAACAUACGUAUACGGCAAGCAAUAAGUGUAUAUACGCGUGGCGCGCGGGCAAGCACAUACGACAUGUGUAUCGGGGACAUAAACAUGAUGUACAUCUGCUGCUGCCGUUUGGCCAAAACCUAAUUGCUGUAGAUCGUAACAACGUGCUCAAAGUGUGGAACAUACCCACCGACGAUGUCUAUCUGGAUGUGCCCUUCAAUGAGGAUGAGUUCUUGAUAACAGCUCUGGCUCAUCCGCCCACCUAUGUGAACAAAAUUGUGCUUGGCUCGCAGCAGGGUCAGCUGAAGAUUCUGAACAUUAAGAAGAACACCAUUGUAUGUACCCUCAGCCACCAUGAGAAACGAAUCAGUUCCAUUGAGCCGGCGCCAGCAUUGGAUGUGAUUGGAGUUGGCUAUAGCGAUGGCACCAUAAUUGUCUUGAAUCUGAAAUUUGAUACGGUGCUGAUUACCUUCAAGCAGGAAUGGGGCGUGGUCACCCAGCUGUCGUUCCGCACAGAUGGCCCACCCAUUAUGAUUUCCGCCAGCGGCAAUGGUCACUUGGCCUUCUGGAACUUGGAGGAACGCAAAUUGGCAGGUCAAUUGCAGGCGCACGAGAAACAGGUAACAACUGCCAUCUGCUUGCCUAGCGAGCCUGUCGUCUUCACCACAUCUCCGGACAAUUCAAUGAAAUUGUUCGUGUUUGAUAUGUCGGACGGUGGAGCAAGGCAGUUACGCAUACGAGAGGGUCACACAAAGCCUCCACUAUUCAUACGCUAUCAUGGCGCCAGUGGUGUCUCUAUCUUAUCUGCCGGUGAGGAUAGCACACUGCGGGUCUUCUCCACCAUAUCGGAGUCGCUAAACAAGAGCAUGGGCCGAGCCACCUACAAUAGCAAGGCGACCAAGAAGAAGAAUCGCUUUGAGUACGACAAGAACAGCAUGCCGCCAAUUCUAGAGUUCACUUCGGAUGUGGCACGCGAAAAGGAAUGGGACAACAUUGCUGCAAUACACGCGGGCAUUAUACAGACCACCACCUGGUCAUUCCACAAGAGCCGCUUGGGAGACCAUCGCCUGGUGCCAAAAAAGUUUUACAACAAGAAUCGCAUCGAUUUCCAAGCGGAGACCACAUCCAUCACUUCGACGCAUUGCGGCAACUAUGUCAUCAUUGGCUACAGCAGCGGCGAUGUGGAGCGCUUUAACAUCCAGUCAGGCCUUCAUCGCGUAAGCUACGGCGACUCCCAACCCGCCCAUGAAGCAGCUGUGCGUGGCCUGGCCUGCGAUAAUUUGAACCAGUAUGUGGUCUCAGGCUGCUCACAGGGCCUGGUUAAAUUCUGGCCAUUCAAAGGAACUACUCCGAAGCCAGUUGCUGUACUGCGAUUAGCGGAUGGCGUUGCUCUGAUGCGGCACCAUCGCGAAAGCUCCAUGGUCGCCAUUGGCCUGGAAACGUUUAAAGUCUAUUUGGUUGAUAUGGACACGCGUGUGGUGAUACGCAGAUUUGUUGGGCAUUCGGCAAAGCUGAACGAUAUGACAUUUAGUCCGGACAGUCGUUGGCUCAUUACAGCGUCCAUGGACUCAACCAUAAAGGUGUGGGAUAUACCCUCAUCUUAUAUGAUUGAUCACUUCAAAGUAGAACGGCCCUGUAUCUCGCUGAGCAUGUCGCCCAAUGGUGAUUUCCUGGCCACGGCCCAUAGCAAUUUGUUAGGAAUUUACCUGUGGGCCAACAAGACGCUGUUCAAUCAGAUUUCGUUGCGUUCUAUUGAUCCUCAUGAGCCGGCACCUUAUGUGGGCUUGCCCGCUAAUGUUUGCGAUGCCAUGGAUCUUGAUGAUGCCAUGCAGGAGCUGGAAGUUGAUGAUGUGGAGCUGAGCGAACAGAUUGAUGCCAAAUAUGAGACGCCCAAACAGCUAACGCCCGAGCUCAUCACACUGUCUGGUUUGGCGGCAUCGCGCUGGCAGAAUCUACUCGACCUGGAGCUGAUCAAGCAGCGUAACAAGCCGAAGGCACCGCCCAAAGCGCCGAAACAGGCGCCUUUCUUCCUGCCCACGGUAUCGGGCCUAGAACUGCGCUUUGAUGUAGCUAAUGCGUCAACGACCAGCAACGGCUCCCGUGUGCUCGAGGUCUCUUCGUUCAACAAUCUGACCACCUUUGGCAAGCUGCUGGAAGCAACGGCCACAAGCAAGGAUUUCGAGUCCGUUGUGCAGCACAUUACCCAGUUGGGUCCGUCAAUGGUGGACUUUGAGAUCAAAUCACUACAUCCCGAUGCCGGAGGCACUAGGCUAGCCAUGCUGCAGUUCCUCAAGCUCAUCGAGUACAUGUUCGGCACGAAUCAAGACUUUGAAUUGGCCCAGUCUUAUCUAAGCGUUUAUUUGCGCUCCCAUGGCCUUAGCCUAAGUGAAUCCCCAGAACUGGUAAAAUCACUGCGCAGCGUUGGGCAGUCUCAGCAAGUGGCCUGGGAGCGCCUCGAGAGCAAAUUGAUCUACGGUACUGGUGUCGUCGCAGCAUUGCGCAACUUUGCUCGCUAACUUGGUCUAUUAUUUUAAGUUACUUUUUACGAUAUGUUUGUAAAUAAAUUGGUAACAAAU